GGGAGUUUAUCCUGCGGGCACUGCCCCCAUGUUCCCUGCCCCCGGCGGGCCUGGGGAGCCCUGGCAGCCGGUGCCCUCACUCUGGAGGCUGGUGGAGGAGCAGGUGGUGCCCAGCGAGAAGCCCGAGGUGAAGAGCAUCCUGGGGGCGGACGUGGUGGAGCGCAGCUUGGAGCUGCAUGCGGAGGUGGAGACCCUGGUGGAGCUGGGGCGGGAGGCGCGCUCGGCCUGCACCGGGCUGGAUCAGUGCCCCCCGCAGGGGGUUGGGGGCUGGGCUCUCCUGACAGCCCCCCCGCACCUCAAGGAGCUGGUGAGACGGGAGCUCCGGCUGCUGCUGCUCAACCUCCAGCAGAAGGCGUCCGAGGAGGGCAGGGACACAGCCGAGGCCAUCGCUAAGUACAGCCCCCACGUGGUCAGCUUUGCCCUGGGGCCGCACGUUGGAGGGGAGUGUGCAGGACAGGACAGGUCCCUGGCUGGGAGCACCAACACCAGGUGGGGCUGUGCCCGGGCACGCCCAGGCCCCAGCCUCGUCCACUGCCUGGAGCCCCUCAAGGACAAGCUGAGCAUCUCCCGCAUCCACCAGGCGCAGGCCCAUCUCCGGGCCCUGCUGGAGGAGGAGUGCCGUGCCCUGGAGAGACACAUCUGCCACCUCCAGUGCUGCCUGGAGGAGGAACACCGGGCCGCCGCGGGGCCAGUGCAGCGGGCACAGGAGCCAACGAUGGCUGAGCUGCAGGAGCAGAGACGAGCCAUGGAGCGGGACCUGCAGCUGGGCCAGCUGGACCCCAGGACUGGCCUCUCCCAGGAGGUCCAGCGCCCUGAGCCUGCAGCCCCCCAGCAGCCCAGCUGCCCCGUGGGUGUGAGGAGCCCUGCACCAGCCUGCGUGUCCCCCCGCCUGGCACCGGCUGCUCCGUCCCUGUCGGGCCGCCGAGAGCCAGCACCGCGAGGCCUGGGCAGUGCGCAGGGCCGAGUGCCCCCCGCCGGGUGCAUCUGCUCUCUGGGUGGCUGGGCUGGGGAACUCCAUGGAGGGGCUGCGCCCCCCGGCUGGGCCCAUGGCCAAGGCCAGAUGGACAGUGAUGCUGAGCACCAGGACCUGGCCACGCCGUCACCCCGGGGAGCUGGGGUCCCUCCUGCAAGCCCAGCCUGCAGCCGCCUGGUGCCCCCGCCAGCAGCACCAGCGCCCAGCCUGGCCUUCCUCCCCUCGCCACCCCCAGAGCAGCGCCCGCCCCUGCGCCCCCUCUCCGGCCGCCGCCUGAGGCUGCUGGGCUGCCUGGCGCCCAGCUAGUGCAGGGAGCCUCGCCCUGGGGCAUGGGGAGGGGGUCCUGCCCCAGCUCCCCCCAGCUCCAGCACUACUUCCUGCCCUGCUGGAUCCCUCUGUCCCCAGCUCGGCCUUGCUCUGCCCUGGAGGCACCUCACCUGCCAGGGCAUCUUGGGGGGCAGAUCCUGAGCUGAGCACUGGGCCUGGCCGGCAACGCCCCCUCCUGGCUGCCCCCUGCCACGGUGCAGGGGGAGCUGUGCAGCGUGCACGGGCCUAGCAGUCAGGUGGGGGAGGGGGGGCAGGAGGCUGCCUGGGGCCUGGGCACUUCUCAGUGCUCCUGCCUGGGGGGGGGAGGGGGGGGGAUGGGCCCUUGUAGCCGGAGGCAGGUGCUGGGUUUCCUGACCCCAGGCUGGCACCGUGCCCUCUCUGCCGGGCCCCCUGCCCUCACCCACCCUGGGCAGGACCCACACAGCUGCCCCCCCUCCCCCCGGCAUGAGGCUAGGGGCUGGGACCUGCUGUGGGCCCGCCGGGUGCCUCUGCCCAGCGCCAGCGAGUUGCAAGGCCAGGUGUCGGGAUCGGGGCCUGAGGACCCGUCGAGCUCCUGGCUGCCCUGGGCCAGGCCUGGGCGGGCAGUGCCAUGGGGGCGGGGUACCAGGGUCUCUCAGGCGUGCCCCUCCCCCAAGGAAAGGCAGCCGGCACACGCACGCAGGAAUAUAAAUUUCAUUAAAAUCUA